UAUGCUUACCAAGAAUGUAAUGAUCUGUUUCACGAAGAAAGGUCCACGAAUUUGGCAGCAACGUCUGCUUUAACAUUGAGAGAGCAUGACCAACAGUCAAGUCCGCACCUUUUAGCAUCAGGUACUCUGGGAAAGAAUGAAAACAAAUACCCUGAAGAAUAGAGAGAAAGAGAACGCAAACAUUCUGUCAAAUUACAUCGUCUUUCGUCUCUUAGAUUUCCUAUGAAUUUCUUAGGCUUUUUCCCAGUCCAAGCCGUUUUGUUCGCGCCCACAUCGUUCUUAGACCGAUUCAUCGCUUCAAUAAACCCUUCGGAGAAGUUAACAGCAAAUUGAAUAGCCCGUCUUCUGGGAUGUUCGACACCCCAAUAGUUGCAGGGUUCGUAUAAAAGUAGCCCAUUCUGAAGAUCUGCCAUGAGAACUCGAUUUCGUUUUGAGAUAUUAUCAAGGCAUUUACUUCGGUUUGUUAGGAAAAUUUUGCAUUGAUUUGUUUUCUUUAAUAUGAGUAGUAAUGGUAAAUCUCAUGGUGGUAAGCAAAGCGCCAGAGAUGUCAUCUGCAACGCGGGUGCUGGAGCUGCUGCUGGGGCUAUAGCGGCUACAUUUGUUUGUCCACUGGAUGUAAUCAAGACGAGACUACAAGUUCAUGGCGUUCCUCCUGGGCACAAAGGUAGUUUUAUUGUCACAAGCUUGCGGAAUAUAAUCAGGACUGAAGGUUUCAGGGGAAUUUACCGUGGCCUUUCCCCAACAAUAAUAGCAUUACUUCCAAACUGGGCGGUUUACUUCACAGUUUAUGGUCAACUGAAAGGCCUUUUCCUUUCACAAGCAGAUAGUUGCCGCCAAUUAUCAACUGUUGAAAAUAUGGUAGCUGCUGCUGGUGCUGGGGCAGCAACAGCAAUUUCAACAAAUCCAUUGUGGGUUGUUAAGACCAGACUUCAAACGCAAGGAAUGAGGUCUGACGUUGUUCCGUACAAAAGCAUUCUUUCUGCUUUGACGAGGAUAAUGCACGAGGAAGGCAUACGAGGGCUGUAUAGUGGCAUAGUGCCUUCCUUGGCUGGUGUAAGUCAUGUUGCUAUUCAAUUCCCAGCAUAUGAAAAGAUCAAGUCAUACAUGGCGGAAAAGGAUGAUACAACUGUUGACAAACUGGGCCCCGGAAAGGUUGCCAUUGCAUCCUCAAUUGCAAAAGUAAUUGCCUCUGUAAUGACUUAUCCACAUGAGGUGAUUCGUGCGAGGCUGCAGGAGCAAGGCCAGGCCAAAAGUGCCGGGGUCCAGUAUGCUGGGCUUGUUGACUGUUCUAGGAAGGUGUUCCAUACUGAAGGCCUUCCCGGCUUCUAUCGGGGUUGUGCGACAAAUUUACUAAGAACAACUCCAUCAGCUGUAAUUACAUUCACCAGCUUUGAGAUGAUACAGAGGUUUCUGCAACGUGUUGUACCUCAGGACAUGGGAUACUCACAAGGGUCUCGUAAACCAGAUGACCUUAGCAAGCCGCAGCCAAACAACAGUGACAAAAAAUUCGAAGACAACACAGGGUGGAGGCAAUCACCGUCUGAGUCUAAUAAGACAGCUUUAAAUAAAGAGCAGCUAUCUAGACACGGAUAGGGGAGUUAUGUUAUUUUCUGUAGUCUCCUUUUCGUUUUUAUUUUAUUCAUUUUUUUAUUUAUAAUAAGUUGGGGUCACCUCUGAAAUUUCUUCUCUGGGAUGCAAAUGCUUGAUUCAACAUGAAUGUGCAGGGUGUUGACCCAAAAACAGGGUGUUGAAUAAAA